AUGGAGGUGGGGCUGGUGGACUGGACGGGCGGCUUCCUGACGGGAGAGCGCUUCGGGGGCGGCGUCGACGUCUCCGGGACCGCCCUCGGGUGGAAGCAGACGUGGCUGGUGGAGGCGGUGCCCGAGGAGGGGCCACAGGGGGCGUGUCCUCGGCGCUGGUGGGCGUGGCUGCGCGGCCCCGGGGCCCGCCCCCUGGUGGCGGAGGCGUGCGGCGCGGUGCGGACCCUUCUGCCGGUGUCGUCGUGGGCGUCGUCGUGGGAGGAGGCGGAGGCGGAGGGCACGCUGUGGGCGGUGGAGGCGCACGCGAGCGGGGCGUGGAGCCUGCGCGAGGCCGUGGCCGGCGAGGACGGAGCCGGGGGGCGCUUCCUGGAGUCGGACGGCGAGGACGUCUUGUGCGUGUCGUGGCGGCGGGAGGGGGCGCCCUCCCCGCGCGGGCUGUGGCUGCCCCGCCUGGCCGGCCCGCCCCUCGCCUGCCUCUUCCACCUGAGACGGGGACGCUUCGCGCGCGCGGAUCCCGAGCUGGGCCGAGUCUGGGCCGACGCCGGCGGGGGGGGCGAGGGCGAGGGCGAGGCUGAGGGGGCGGCGACGGCGACGGCAAGGGCGGCGGAGCUGGGCGCGGGCUGCGGGUUCCUGCUGCGGCGCGGGAAGGGCGGGGCCUGCGUGCACCUGGAGGCGGCCGGGCGGCGCUUCCUCUCGGGCCAGGGGCGCCUCCUGCCCGGCCCGCCCUCCGCCCAGACGGCGCUGCUCCUCCGCCUGCGCCCCGGCGGGGGGGUCGCCCUCGCCGGCCCCGACGGGCGCCCCCUCUUCCCGCAGGGCCCGCGCGGACUCCUCCGCCCCGCAGAGACCCCCCAGGCGGAAGAGGAAAAGGGGGCGCAGGAGGAGCAGGAGUGGUUCCAGGUGCGGCGCCUGCCCACGCGCGUGGCCCUCCGCAGCCCCGCCGCCCAGCGCUUCCUCUCCGUCCUCCGAGGCGGCGACGUGUACGCGGGCUCCCGGAGCGCCUCUCCGCUGGGCUCCUUCCUGCUAGAGGCCGGCCUCGACGGGGACACCCUGCGCCUGCGCGGACCGCACCACAAGUACCUGGCCCAGAGGGUGUCCGGGGCGGUGAGGGCGGACGGCGAGGCCCGGGACCCGGCGACCCUCUUCCGCGCGCUCUGGCUCUGCGGGACCCUCUUCCUGCGCGCCCCCGACGGGCGCUUCCUGGGCACCGGACCCCGAGGGAGGGUGCGCGCCACGGCCACCGAGCCAGGUCCGAGCGAGGAGUUCUGGCUGCGCCUGGCCGACCGGCCCUUCGUGGUGCUGCGGGGGGCGAGGGGCUUCGUGGGCAGCCGGAGGAGGGGCUCGCCUCCCUCCCCCUCCCCUUCCUCCUCCUCCUCCUCGUGGUGUGACCGGGAGCGGGGCCUGCUCCUCCCCCUCCGCGGGGACCGGCUGGAGCCCGACGUGGUGGAGCUGCUCCCCUGCGCCCGGGGCGUCUACCACCUCCGCAGCCGCGGGAAGGGCUUCUGGGGCGUGGGCGGCGAGGGGCGCCUGUUCUGCGGGGGGCGCGCGGCGCUGAACUUCUGCCUGGAGCUGCGGGGCCCCCACCGCCUGGCCCUGCUCGCCCCCAACGGGCUCUACGUCCGAGGAGACCACCGCGGCGCCCUCCGCGCAGACGCCCGCCACCCCCAGCACUGGGACUUCUAG